UGCCGCGCCCUUUCCUAUCCUCCAAGAACAAAGGGCAUGCAUCCAAGAACAAAGGGCAUGUGUCAACUGAUGAAGUCGAUGCAGCUGCAACACUUUGUUCCCUUGUCCCAAUGACCCAAGAUCCUCACCAAGGUUACUCAGGAGAAAAGCAAAGACUCGCAAAGAAGAGGCUGAGGUCACCGUUACUGGUGCCCAUAGUGGGAUCCCCAGGGGUUAAUGUCGUGUUAUCUCAGGCAUCUCCAAGAUUAGGUGUGAAACGAUCGUCGCUAACACUGCCUCAGAUUCCUCGUCUUUCACAUAAAAGAAAAAGAAGGAAACUUAAAUCUGAAAUCUGGAAUGAUUAUGAUCCUGUGUAUGACGGCAACAAAAUCAAGGAAGCACACUGUAAAUAUUGCAAGAGAGUUUUUAUUUAUACAAGAAUAGCUGGUACUAGUCAAUGCAUCAGGCAUUUGUUAGUUUGUGAGGAAAGAGCCAAGGUCAAUGAGUUUCUCGACUCGGUUAAAUCAGCCAUGCCACAACCUAAUCCAAACAGUGAACUGUAUAAUGGUAGUGAACAUCAGUUUUUGUCAAGUUUCAGGACCUGA